UCUUGAAGCUCGUUUUGUUUUAUUAGGGAAAAAAAGUCAUGAAAUAGAUUCCGAACCUUCUAAAAGGUAAUAUACUGCAACGAGAAGAACCCUAAAUCCCUCUUUCAAAUAUUAGCUGUUUUCAUUGUAAUGAGAUACCUCUGCAAUUAGUGAAUUCGGUCAAAAUCAAUGCCCAUGGCUCCAAUUCUUGCCCUUUUUACUUCAAUACAAUCACCCGUCCAUCAUUCUGUGUCUCGUUUAAAUCUACUCUAUACCUUCAUUGCGUAUACCCUUUUAAUCCCUUGUUCGCUAUGCGCAGACCUCAGUUAUACAAACUGCGAAAGCAAUCAAACAUGUGGCGGUAUAAAAAUCCCAUAUCCUUUUGGUUUAAGGGAAAGUGGAUGUGGUCUGCCAGACUUACAAGUCGACUGUGAAGAUAAGGGACAUUUGGUAAUCAAAAUUGGAAACCAGAGGUACACAAUCUUAAACUUUUUUCCAGAUAAUCAGACGUCAACAAUUACUGAGGACACGAGUUUCCAAAAUUGUUCAUUUUCAUAUAAUCUCAACGAAGAUGCAAUCCAAGACGGGGGUCUCUUCGAUCAAAUCCAACGACAUAACAUCAGUCUACAAGUUCUUGUGUGCGAUUUGCAAUGUGUAGCUCUACUACCUGGCCUUGAGGUUCCAGGAUGUUCUUUUAAAUGGGUAACUGUUGAAGAGGCAUCAACCCAUUGGAAUAUUGCCGAGGAACAAGACCAGAAAUGUAAGAGUUGCGUUUCAAGCGGUGGUCUGUGUGGGUUUAAUAUUUCCGAUUUAAACCAGUUCCUUUGCUUUUGCGAGGAUGCACCCCAUCAAACCACAUGUUCAUCAGUCAUUGCAGGCAAUGCAGUCAAGAAGAAGAACUCAAAGAAGUCAAACUUAGGUCUUAUAAUAGGUGGUGUCAGUGGAGGCUUGGCUUUGUUGUUGAUAGGAGGAGGGUUCCUAAUAUGUAGAAACCCAAAACAGAGGAGGAGAAACCUUUCUCCGAGCCCAACUCUUAUUACAAAAGAGGUUGAAUAUAGCGCAAGCAGAGAUAUAGAAGCAGGGGUACAGCAGAAAAUAGGGAAUUUGACCAUUUUCUCCUAUGAAAUCCUAAAAUAUGCAACAAACAACUUCUCCGGGGACAAAAUUCUUGGGGAUGGUGGGUUUGGAUCUGUGUAUCUGGGAAAACUUCCUGAUGGGCGAGCAGUAGCUGUAAAAAGAAUGUAUCAGGACAACUACAGAAGGCACGACCAGUUUAUCAACGAAGUGCAGAUUCUAUCGUCUCUGCAACAUCCAAAUCUGGUAGGUCUCUAUGGCUGCACUUCUCCAGAGGGAAAAGAUCUGCUUCUUGUUUAUGAAUAUGUGAAAAACGGUACUGUGGCAGAUCAUCUCCACGGAGAAAAGAGAGGGAAAGGCUUAAAUUGGGAAAUACGUUUAAAAAUCAGUGUAGGAACAGCUCAUGCUUUGGCAUUUCUUCACAAACAAACCCCCCCUGUACUGCACAGAGAUGUGAAGACCACAAAUAUUCUUGUAGAUGAGUAUUUCAAGGCAAAAGUUGCAGAUUUUGGACUUUCCAGGUUUAUGCCUCUGAAUGUAACCCAUGUCUCAACUGCUCCGCAGGGCACUCCGGGGUACCUUGAUCCAGAAUACUAUGAAUGCUUUCAGCUCACAGAAAAAUCCGAUGUCUACAGCUUUGGUGUGGUUUUAGUGGAAUUGAUCUCCUCCAAGUUGGCUGUAGAUAUAAACAGGACUAGAAAGGAAAUUUCCCUGGCUAAUAUGGCUUUAACAAAGAUCACAGAAGGAGCUUUGCAAGAGCUUGUAGAUUCUAAUUUAGGCUUUGAUUUUGACAAUGAGGUAAGAUCAUCUAUCACAGCAGUUGCAGAGUUAGCCUUCAGAUGCCUCCAGGCCUCCAAGGAUGAUAGACCAGAUAUGAAAGAAGUUGUUGCCCAGCUUGACCAAAUAGACCAAAAUUGGGUGCAUGUGAAAAAUCCUGAUUCUCACACCUCUUUCGGUAGUGAUGGAGGAAAGAAAGUUCUUAGUGGUAUGGGCCCUCCCUCUCCCACUUCUGUUCAGGACAAGUGGCCAAGCACAAAAACCACACCCAACAACAGCGCGUAGUUAGUGUGCAUAUUUCAAAGAUAUUUUUUAAUUGCUUGAUAAUGUUUUCUUCUGUUUCUUUUAUGUAAUUAUAACAGUAUGGAUUUCUGCCAUGAGCAUGCCGUCCUGUAAUUAUAACAAAACAGAUUUUAGGCAUGUACCGACUAGGAUUGUAGUACUCUCUAUUAUAUACCCUGUUUACUGCUUCUUAUGAGCAUAAUUUGAAGCCAACGAAGUAAUAUAGGUUUUGUAUGGAUC